AUGAGGUAUGGGCUGAUCCCGGCCAUAACAUUAAACACACCCACUCGGGAUGUCCUAUCAUACUUAUUUUCUCCACCUGAACAUUUCAUUGAUCCAAAUCCAUUUUCCCAGCACAGAAAUCGACCAGUCUACACACAGUGGGGAGAACUGGCGGAGAAAUUGGCAGACACCGAGUUUAGGUCCGAGAUUGCAUACGACCUGGUGGAGGUCUACUUUCAAAUUGUUCAUUCUCGGCUACCGCUUCUCAACCCUACACAAUUCCGUAAUCAGCUUAAACAACAGCUAUCCUCCAAUAAUGUUGGCGAAAAGCCCCUACACCCCGCGCUUGUGGCCACGGUGAUUGCGUGGGGGUCCAAGUUCUCUGAACAUCCUCUCCUGAUGGCUGAUCGCCAAACCCACGGUGGCCAAGGACACUUCUCCAAAGCUCUCAUUAAUCGGACACGAGAACUGGCGGAGGCCCUCCAUGUCCAUCGAGUGCCCAACUCUGAUCAUGUCGUCAUUGGUCUUCUCAUCGAGACCCUCCAGAGCCAAACUCCUGGAGACUCCAAGGCGUUCCUCGGAUUUUGGUUGACCGCGGCGACGAGACAUCUUCUUGACCUUCAAAUCAACCAUAAAUCGGUGGCAGGGCAAAUACCAGAUACCGAGGAGCGAGGUACUUUGAUAUUCGCUUGGUGGAUGGCGUGCAUCUGUGACGCCUAUAGCUCGCUGUAUUACCGGCGCAAACCUGUCCUCGACGAUGACGACUAUGAUAUCGAUUUCUACACCGUGGAUCCUAUCAAUACGGAUGGUACGCCAUCUACCCGUGAAUCACUUGAGGGGUAUUAUCGUGCUGCACAUUCAUUGGCAAGAACCGCUCGUCAAAUGUCCCGAGCAUUAUGGAGACCUGCGACCGACAGUGACGGCAUACCCCUCGAAACGCUAACUGGCUUUUUCAAGGCUUUGCGGGAUUGGCGGUCAGAAUUUUUAGAACAAGUCACUGUCCACAUGAAUGAUUAUUCAGGUGAUUUCGUAACGACAGUCUCUCGUUUCGCUAGUGACGCUCAAUACCAUGUUAUGUGGAUCAUUCUGUUCAAUGCGGCGGAUGAGUUCGGUGUUAAAGAAUUGAACGACUUCCAAAGGGUGGGAACACCGCCAUCUAUGGCGCCGACUCAAGCGCAUAUACACGAGCUACUUCGGAGAAUUACGAUGGAGGCUGUGGAAAGUGCAACGCGGAUAUCCACUCUUGUCGGGGUCCUCGCUUCGAAUGAAUACUUGAAACUGGAUCCCGCAGUAAUGCUCUUCAGUUGUAUUGCUGCCGGACAGUUGCUUGCCAAGUUGGGUCGACGGGAAGUCAUGAAUUGCAUCUUGGGACUGGAACAAUACAGUCGUUCCUAUGAAGAGGCUGGAGAACAAGCUCUCGACAUCCAAAGGACGUAUGACUUGGUAUGCACCAACCCUAGUCAUGUUGAGGUUGGCCCAUUGGGGAGUGUUGCUCGUCAAAUGCCUCCGACGAUGCCUGCCAGAGACUCUUACGGAAUGCACGUUGAUGAAGAGUCUGGGGUGGAGCUCAAUGGCGGAGGAGAUCCAUCUUCUUUAUCUUUCGCUUGA